AUGGCUAAAAACAAUUUUGAAAAGGCUGAAUCAGCCCAUAUUACCUUACCAAACGGUUUAGAAUAUGAUCAACCAACUGGUCUUUUCAUCAACAAUGAAUUCAUCAAAGGACACGAUUAUAAAACAAUCGCAGUUGAAAAUCCUUCCACUCAAGAGAAAAUUUGUGAUAUCUCAUCAGGUACCGCUGAAGAUGUCGAAUACGCAGUGGAAGCUGCAGAACAUGCCUUUACUCAGACUAAUUGGGCUACGCAAGAUCCUAAAGGUAGAGCUUACUAUUUAAACAAACUAGCUGAUCUCAUUGAAGAGGAAAAGGAAUUAAUUUCAUCAAUUGAAACUUUCGAUAACGGUAAGGCUUUAGAUUUAGCUCGUGGUGAUGUUGAAUUAGCUAUUAACUGUUUAAGAGACGCAGCAGCAUAUGCUGAUAAAGUUAAUGGUAGAACCAUUGAUAGUGGUGAUGGUUAUAUGAAUUUUACCACUAAGGAACCAAUUGGUAUCUGUGGUCAAAUUAUUCCAUGGAAUUUCCCAUUUAUGAUGCUAACUUGGAAGAUUGCUCCAGCUUUAGCUAUGGGUAAUGUAGUUAUUUUGAAACCAGCUGGUGCCACCCCGUUGAAUGCAUUAUAUUUCUCUUCGUUAUGUCAACGUGUUGGGUUACCAAAGGGUGUGGUAAAUAUUAUUCCUGGUCCAGGUAGAAUUGUUGGUACUACGAUUACUACUCAUCCAAAGAUUAGAAAAGCUGCAUUUACUGGGUCUACUGAGGUUGGUAAGGAUAUUGCAUUGAAAGCUUCAGGUUCAAAUUUGAAGAAACUUACAUUAGAAUUAGGUGGUAAGUCUGCUCACCUAGUUUUCGAUGAUAUUAAUAUUGAAAAGACAUUACCAAAUUUGGUUAAUGGUAUCUUUAAGAAUGCUGGUCAAAUUUGUUCAUCCGGUUCAAGAAUCUAUAUUCAGGAAGGUAUAUAUGAUAAACUAUUAGCUGCCUUUAAAGACUAUAUUGAAAAGACGAUCACCGUUGGUGAUCCAUUUGAUGAAUCCAAUUUUCAAGGUGCUAUUACCAAUAAAGAUCAAUUCAAUACCAUCAUGAAUUAUAUUGAUAUCGGUAAGAAAGAAGGGGCUAAGAUUUUAACUGGUGGACACGCCCUUGGUAAUAAGGGCUAUUUCAUUGAGCCUACUAUUUUUUAUGACGUCAAAGAAGAUAUGAGAAUUGUUAAAGAGGAAAUUUUUGGUCCUGUAGUUACUAUUUCUAAAUUCAAGACAAUUGAAGAUGGUGUCCGUAUGGCUAAUGAUUCAGAAUUCGGAUUAGGUGCAGGUAUUGAAACUGAAAACUUGAGUACCGCUUUGAAGGUUGCUAGAAUGUUACAUUCAGGUACGGUUUGGAUUAAUACAUACAAUGAUUUUGAUUCUAGAGUUCCAUUCGGCGGUGUUAAACAAUCUGGUUACGGUAGAGAAAUGGGUCAAGAAGUGUAUGAUUCUUACACUGAGAUUAAAGCUGUAAGAAUCAAGUUAUAA